AUGGGAAAGAAGCUGUUGAUCCUGGAUGUUGACGCUGGGGUGGACGAUGCCCAGGCAAUGAUAUUGGCUUUUGCAGCUCCGAACGUUGAAAUCCUGGGAAUAAGCUGUACUCAGGGAAACAUAAGCAUUGAAAAUGUGUGCAGGAAUGUGCUGCGAGUCCUGAAAUUGUGUAACAGGAUGGAGAUUCCCGUCUAUCGUGGAUCAGCCACCUCUCUCCUGGGUGUAGCCAAUUAUGAUACUGCUUACCAUGGGCAGGAUGGCAUGGGCGAUGUUCCUGACCCCGACGCUCCAGGCCUGGAACACAUACAAUCUGAGCACGCGGUGAAUGCCAUGAUACGGAUAGCUAACGAACAUUCUGGUCAGGUCAGCCUCGUUGCUUUAGCACCCCUGACCAACAUUGCCCUGGCUGCCAAAAUGGAUCCCUCUUUUCCCACAAAGCUAAAGAGUUUGUACAUCAUGGGGGGAAACAUGGAAGCCAAAGGGAACAUGAAUGUCUGCAGCGAAUUUAACUUUUACACAGACGUAGAGGCAGCUUCCAUUGUCCUGAGCCACUUUACUUGUCCCACUUACAUUGCAACCUGGGAGUAUUGCCUCCGCCAUGUCCUGUCCUGGGACUUCUAUGACAAGCUGAUGAAUCAAGAUAGUGAAAAGGCUCAGUUCCUGAAGAAGAUAUUUGAGCAUAGUGUAAAAUUUAGCAGAAGUGAUGAAGGCAGCAAGCAACUUUAUUUCAGAAGUGGCUUUUUGUCCUGUGAUUCCUACGCAAUGGCCGCCGUGAUCGAUGAUUCGAUGGUGACAGAAAGCAUUCAGUACGGGGUUACUGUGGAAAUGAACGGAUCACUGACCAGAGGCAUGAUGGUUGUGGAUACUCUCGAUGCCCUGAAGCUUAAACACAAGGCUGUCAUCUUUCUGAAAUGUGAUAUGGAAAAGUAUAAGCAGCUGCUGACUAACGCACUGGAAUAA